AUGGACUCAAACACAGCUGGGCGGAGGCCCAGCAUCGAAGGGCCCAACCCAACCGAACCGCCAUCCACAAGUGCCUCCUCAAGGACUCAGGAUAUCGAGGAGCUUCGUGAAGAGGCUCGCCGCAACAACCCCAAUGGCCUCAGCCGCGCCAUCUCCGGCAUCUCUGUCGAACAGGCUGAGCAUGACUUCCGCGAGCUGCGAAGGGAGUUGUCUCGCGCGAGUCGCACUCAGAGCCAUACCAACAAGUCACACCACGGAGACGCCGAGAAGGGACAGAUGCAUACCGAAACCUCAUCCGAGAGUGCGCCUGAGCAAUUCGACCUCGAGGCUGCGCUACGUGGCGAUCUGGAGGCAGAGAGGGAAGCCGGCAUCCGCCCAAGCAUAUCGACGUUCCCCAACGCCUUUAUCGACUUCUUCGAUGUCGUCAGUCCUGUGGUCAACAUGUUGGGUCUUGGCAAGAAGAUGCCCGAGGCCACCUUGCUGCAUAACUUCAGAGGUGUUUGCAAGCCUGGCGAGAUGGUUCUUGUUCUUGGAAAGCCCGGCUCCGGAUGUACCACGUUCCUCAAGAACAUUGUCAACCAGCGCGAUGGAUACACGUCUGUUACUGGUGAUGUCAAGUAUGGAGCCUUCAGUUCUGAAGAGUUUCUUCAGUAUCGUGGCGAGGCUGUCUACAACAUGGAAGAGGAUAUGCACCAUCCCACUCUUACUGUUGAGCAGACUCUUGCCUUCGCUCUUGACGUCAAGAUCCCCGGCAAGCUGCCCGCUGGUAUUUCCAAGCAGGAUUUCAAGGAAAAGGUCAUCACAAUGCUUCUCAAGAUGUUCAACAUCGAGCACACUCGCCACACCAUUGUCGGUAACCCCUUCGUACGUGGUGUCUCUGGUGGUGAAAGAAAGCGAGUUUCCAUCGCUGAAAUGCUCAUCACCAACGCUUGUGUUUUGUCUUGGGACAAUAGUACCCGUGGUUUGGAUGCUUCGACCGCUCUCGACUUCGCCAAGGCGCUCCGUAUCCAGACGGAUCUGUACAAGACGACCACCUUCGUUUCGCUCUACCAGGCUUCGGAAAACAUCUACAAGCUCUUCGAUAAGGUCUUGGUUAUUGAUGAGGGACGUCAAGUCUACUUCGGCUCUACUUCGGAAGCCAGGGGUUACUUUGAGAGUCUGGGCUUCGCUCCGCGUCCUCGACAGACCACACCCGAUUACGUUACUGGCUGUACCGACGACUUCGAGCGCGAGUACCAAGAGGGCCGUUCGCCGGAGAACGCACCACACAGUCCGGAAACACUGGAGGCGGCGUUCAACGAAUCCAAGUUUGCUCGGGAACUGGAGCGUGAGAUGGCGGAUUACAAGCAGUCACUCGUUGAGGAGAAGGAUAAGUACGAGGAUUUCCAGGUCGCCGUUAAGGAACAGAAGCGAAAGGGCGCUGGCAAGAAGUCGGCUUACUCCGUUGGAUUCCAUCAACAGGUCUGGGCUUUGAUGAAGCGCCAGUUCGUUCUCAAGAUGCAAGAUCGCCUUGCCCUCGGCCUCUCGUGGCUGAGGAGUAUCGUGAUUGCCAUCGUUCUCGGUACCCUCUAUCUCAACCUCGGUAAAACCUCCGCCAGUGCGUUCAGCAAGGGUGGUCUCAUGUUCAUCUCUCUGCUGUUCAACGCUUUUCAGGCCUUCUCAGAGUUGGCAGGAACUAUGCUUGGACGAGGUGUUGUCGAACGCCACAGGCGUUAUGCAUUCCAUCGUCCUUCAGCUCUUUGGCUCGCUCAAAUCUUCGUCGAUCAGGUCUUCUCUGCGUCCCAGAUCCUGUUGUUCUCCAUCAUUGUCUACUUCAUGACGAACCUGGUCCGCACUGCUGGCGCCUUCUUCAUCUUCUAUCUCAUGGUUCUGUCCGGCAACAUUGGCAUGACUCUCUUUUUCCGUAUCAUCGGAUGCGUGAGUCCCGAUUUCGACUAUGCCAUCAAGUUUGCGGUCGUCACUAUCACCUUCUUCAUCACCACAUCUGGCUAUCUGAUCCAGUAUCAGUCAGAACAGGUUUGGCUGAGGUGGAUCUACUGGGUCAAUAUUCUGGGUUUAUCGUUCAGCUCGAUGAUGGAGAAUGAGUUUUCCAGGAUUGAUAUGACUUGUACCGACGACUCUUUGGUUCCUGCUGGUCCCGAGUACACCGACAUCAACCACCAGGUCUGCACGCUUCCCGGUUCGACGCCCGGCACCAAGUUCAUCUCCGGCAAGGAUUACAUCUCGCAAGGCUUCUCCUACAACGCCAGCGAUCUGUGGAGAAACUGGGGAAUUGUCAUGGCACUGAUCAUCUUCUUCCUUAUCAUGAACGUCGUUCUAGGCGAGAUCAUGGACUUCAGCGGCGGAGGCAGUCUUGCCAAGGUCUUCCAGCGGCCCAACGCAGAGCGUAAGAAACUCAACGCGGCACUGAAAGAGAAGCGCGAUGCCCGACGCAAGGCCCGGAAGGAGCACGAAGGUUCGGACCUUAAGAUCAACUCGGAGAGCAUUCUUACCUGGGAGAACCUUACCUACGACGUCCCUGUGCCCGGUGGCACUCGCCGCCUUCUCAACGAUGUCUUCGGAUACGUCAAGCCAGGCCAGCUCACUGCCCUUAUGGGCGCUUCGGGAGCCGGUAAGACUACCCUUUUGGAUGUCCUUGCUGCGAGAAAGAACAUCGGCGUUAUUGGUGGCGAUAUUCUCGUUGAUGGCAUCAAGCCCGGUAAGGAAUUCCAGCGCAGCACAUCUUAUGCCGAACAGCUCGAUGUACAUGACCCAUCGCAGACCGUUCGCGAAGCCCUUCGGUUCUCGGCCGACCUUCGCCAGCCUUUCGACACCCCCCGGGAGGAGAAGUAUGCCUACGUUGAGGAGAUCAUCUCCCUCUUGGAAAUGGAGACCUUUGCCGACGCCAUUGUGGGCUCCCCCGAGGCUGGUUUGACCGUCGAACAACGAAAGCGAGUCACGAUUGGUGUUGAGCUUGCCGCCCGCCCUCAACUGCUCCUGUUCCUGGAUGAGCCUACCUCAGGCCUUGAUAGCCAGAGCGCCUUCAAUAUCGUCCGUUUCCUGAAGAAACUUGCCGCCGCUGGCCAAGCCAUUCUCUGCACCAUCCACCAGCCCAACGCUGCCCUAUUCGAGAACUUCGACCGUCUGCUUCUCCUCAAGUCCGGCGGCCGCUGCGUCUACUUCGGUGACAUCGGCAACGAUGCCUGCGUGUUGAGCGACUACCUCAGACGUCAUGGUGCCGAGCCCAAGGCGACCGAUAACGUUGCCGAGUUCAUGCUCGAAGCUAUCGGCGCCGGCUCUUCUCCCCGUAUCGGUAACCGUGACUGGGCCGAUAUCUGGGCCGACUCGCCUGAGCUCGCCAAUGUCAAGGACACCAUCCUGCAGAUGAAGGAAGCCCGCAAGAGCGCAGGCGAGCAAGUCAACCACGACCUGGAGCGCGAGUACGCUUCUCCCCUUUGGCACCAGCUCAAGGUCGUCACGCACCGUACCAACCUCGCCCUGUGGCGCUCGCCCAAUUACCUCUUCACCCGCGUCUUCUCCCAUGCCGUGAUCGCGCUCAUCACCGGCUUGACCUUCCUCAACCUUGACUUGUCUCGCGAAUCGCUCCAGUACAAGGUGUUCGUCUGCUUCCAGGUCACCGUCCUCCCCGCCAUCGUCAUCUCUCAGGUCGAAGUCAUGUACCACAUCAAGCGCACCAUCUUCUUCCGCGAGCAGUCGUCCAAGAUGUACAACUCCUUCACGUUUGCGGCGUCGAUGGUCAUUGCCGAGAUGCCCUACAACAUCCUCUGCGCCGUCAUCUUCUUCGUGUUUGUGUACUACAUGCCCGGCCUGUCUCACGAAUCUUCCCGCGCGGGCUACCAGUUCUUCAUGGUGCUCAUCACCGAGGUCUUCUCCGUCACCAUGGCGCAGUGCCUGUCCGCUCUCACCCCGACCGUCUUCAUCUCCUCGCAGUUCGACCCCUUCAUCAUGAUCACCUUCGCCCUCUUCUGCGGCGUCACCAUCCCGGCCCCGCAGAUGCCCAAGUUCUGGCGCAAGUGGCUGUACGAGCUCAACCCUUUUACUCGCCUCAUCAGCGGCAUGGUGGUCACCGAACUCCACGAAUUACCCGUCAUCUGCAAGGAUUACGAACUCCAGAGCUUUUCUGCUCCGGACGGACAAUCCUGCGGCGACUACAUGGAACCCUUCUUCAGCAGAGGAGGCGCGGGAUACUUGGUCAACAACGCGACCAGCGCGUGCCAGUAUUGCGCGUAUAAAGUGGGUGAUCAGUUUUACGAGCCGCUGGGCAUCACCUUCAAUAACAGGUGGAGGGACUUGGGCAUUUUCUUGGCUUUUAUUGGCAGUAACUUGAUUAUUUUGUUUGUGGCGAGCCGAUACCUCAACUUUAACAGGCGUUAA